AUGACAUUAUUGCUGGUGUUGCUGUUCCUGGCUGCUGAGCUGCUUCCGUCCUUUCCUGCAGGUGCAUAUGAGGAUUCAGAUUUUCCUGCUUUGUUAACCACUCUAAGCCAAGUACAAUCAGAGAUUGUAAAUAAACACAAUGAACUAAGGAAAGCAGUCUCUCCAAGUGCCAGCAACAUGCUAAAGAUGAGAUGGAGCAGUGCAGCAGCAGCAAAUGCCCAAAAGUGGGCAGACAACUGCAGAUAUGAACACAGUGACUCAGAUUUUCGAAGAACCAGUUUAAGCUGUGGCGAGAAUCUCUUUAUGUCAAGUCGCCCCACUUCAUGGUCAUAUGCAAUCCAAAGCUGGUAUGAUGAGUACCGUGAUUUUGCCUAUGGUGUAGGGCCGAAGACUCCCAAUGCAGUAAUUGGACAUUAUACUCAGGUUGUUUGGUAUUCAUCUUUCCUCGUUGGAUGUGGAAUGGCCUACUGUCCUAACUCAUCUUUAAAAUACUUCUAUGUUUGCCAAUAUUGUCCUGCCUGUGACGAUGGACUAUGCACCAAUGGUUGCGAGUAUGAAGAUCGCUAUAGUAACUGUAAACAAUUGAAGACGUCAUUAGGCUGUACAAAUGAAUUGGUUAAGAACGAUUGCAAGGCCUCCUGCAAUUGCAGCAACAAAAUUUAUUAAAUGCCCAAUACAUACUGAGCAGGGCUAUGUGGAGAAAAUCCACAUCAUCUACUUAGAUUUGACACAUACUAGACAGAAAAUUGUAGGCAUGUUAGUUACAAAUUUGAUUCCAAGCAGCAAUAAAUCUUUUCUUCUGGAUCUACUUUUUAUUCCACAAAAAUCUUUUUUCUACAACCGGUUAAAAGGUAGCAUAAUCUAUGAUAACAAUUUUGGAUUUGGAUAAAUAAUUUUGUGAUUUAAAUUUAAUAAAGUUGAGAAUUCUGAAA